AUGAUUGUUGCUUUAAUUCUUCAAAGGACGAUUCGCAUUAAAGAAUAUUCAUUUCAUAAAAAACUUGAGAAUGAUUAUCAGGAUUACAUUCAUACAUGGGAUGAAAUAUACCAAAUUAAUUCAGAUAGCAACAUAUCAAUAGCAAAAUUAUUCAAAGAAAUCAAGACUAACUUGAUUGACACUGGAUAUUUUACACCACAAGAGAUGAUUAAAAAGAUAAACAAAGCGAGUGAAUCUCGUUUACGUUAUCGCCAUGCAUACAUAAAGAUAAUGAAUAAAUUAGCAAAAGAAUAUCAUUGCGAAAACAUGUUAAAAAUAUCAUCACUUUCAGAGUAUGAUAAUCUCAUUAAAAAUACAUAUCAAGAAGCAAUAUUAAAUGAUGACGAAAAAUCAUUAUUGGAAUUCAUGAAACGUGAACGACUUGAUCCCAGUGAAUUACUUGCAAAUUGUAGUUUAAAUGGAGCAGAAAAUUGUUUCAAGUUAUUAAGAACAAAAUUUAAUGCGAGAGUCACUAAAAAUUGUGUUGCCAAUGCAUUUAGAGGAAACAAUAAAUAUAUAAUAAAAGAAUGUUUGAAAAAACAGCAGCCUGAUUCAUCUUCAAUGGAAGCUGCAAUAGCAUCUCAUGAUAUCAGUAAUCUUUAUCAAUUGAUUGAUGAAUAUCACUUCCAAAUUUCAAGUUUCAACUUUCCAAUACUUUCCAUAUGUUAUGAAUACCAAAAUCUUCAUGUAUUUAUUGUUUAUUUAAUUCGAUCUAAUGAUUUAGACAGAUGUUUAGAAUUUUCUCCUGUUUUUCAUAUUCGAUCUCUUUGUAGAUGUCUGUAUAAUAAUGGUGGAGACGUUAGAGAAUCAGGUCCCGAUGAUGCCACAGCUCUUCAAAUUGCAAUUUAUGAAAAUCAAACUGAUAUUGCAAAAGAUUUAAUUUCAUUUGGAAGUGAUAUCAAAGCAAUGGCUCCAAGAAAUGGAAAUCCAAUUAUUUUUGCUGUAUCUUCAAACAAUUCUGAAUUGGUGGAGUUACUUAUUUCACGUGGAGCUUAUGUCAACAUUCAUGAUCCAAGAACUGAAUUUUCACUGCUUCAUAUUGCAACUAUCUUCAGAAAUAAAAAAAUUAUUGAAAUCCUAAUCAAACAUGGUGCAUUUGUAAAUGAAAAUUCGAACAAAUUUGGAGUUACACCUCUUAUGUUGGCAUCACUUUUGAAUUAUAAAGAUAUUGUAAAAUUACUUAUUUCACGUGGUGAAAGAAUAAGCAGAACAGAUAAUUAUGGAAAUAAUGCUCUUGCUUAUGCUUUAUUGUAUAACAAUAAAGAAUUCAUGGAACAAAUUCUUAAACGUUUUAACUCAAUGUUCCAACAUUUUGAUUAUCAAUUAUUUGAUUUGGAAAGCAACAACAAAGAUAUGAUCAAUCUUCUAAUUUCAUAUGGUGCAAAUAUCCAAAAACAAAAUAAAUUUGGAAAUUCACCUCUACAUAUAGCGGCAUUAAUGUCUAAUGGCGAAAACACAAAACUUUUAAUUUCUCAAGGUGUAGAUAUAAAUUCUGUAAAUAAUAACGAAGAAACUCCCCUUGAUAUCGCUAUAAUGCGUGGUAAGAGAGAGUUUAACAAAGAGUUUCAUGAUUUUGAGGAAGAAGACUACCAGAAUUUUAUUGAUUUUUUGGAGAAGAAAAGUGAUAUUGUAUCUAUCUUAUUAUCGAAUGAUGGUGUAAUAUAUUCUAACAAGGAGUUCAAAAGCAAUGAUAUCAUACAUAUAAUGUUUGACUAUUUCUGGGAAAGAUACAAAAUCAUCUAUCCAGGAAUAAUAACGCUAGUAAUCAUAUUAGGAAUUAUCUAUGGAUUGAUAAAAUUAAAUCAAUGUUUAACUAAUCGCUUUAUUAAGUUGAUAAUAAGAUCUUUACAAUGGAUAAUUAUUGGAAUUAAUUUUGUUUUACCAAUGUUUUACCUCCCACUUUCGAUUUAUGCGCAUUAUUAUAGGUUAGAUAUUUUUUUGGGAUUAAAAAUAUUAUAA